AGAGGUUCUCAGAGGACCACGAAAGUGUAGGACCCUGCACCAGCGAUCUAGCCCGCCCCGUCCCCAGGACGGGGCGGCCCUUUAAGAAGGGGGCGUGGUGCUGGGGCUCCAGCUGCUGCCCGGGGCCUGACGUCGCAUGGACGCGGACCAGCGGUCAUUUUGUGCCCUCCCUCAGCGCUCCAGGCUCCGCCCGCGCCGCCGCCACUGCUGGCGGAGCCGCUGCUGCUGCUGCGGAGUAGAGCCGGGGAGCUGGAGCGGCGGUUUCCAGGAGCCACCCCGGAGGAGAGACCGACACGGAAGCAGAGCCUGAGACAGAGGCAGAGGCAGAGGCAGAGGCAGAGGCAGAGGCAGAGGCAGAGGGAGAGAUCGGGGCACAGGCACAAGCUGAGGCAGAGGCAGAGACGGAGGAGCCAUGGCGACGGCGCCAGCAGAGGCUGAGACCCGCCAGAGGCUGCUGCGCACUGUCAAGAAGGAGGUAAAACAGAUAAUGGAAGAGGCUGUGACCCGGAAGUUUGUCCAUGAAGACAGUAGCCAUAUCAUCUCAUUCUGUGCGGCCGUGGAGGCCUGUGUGCUUCACGGCCUGAGGCGCCGGGCAGCGGGCUUCCUUCGGAGCAACAAGAUCGCAGCCCUGUUCAUGAAGGUGGGGAAGAGCUUUGCCCCGGCAGAGGAGCUGUCCCGGAAGGUCCAAGAUUUGGAGCAGCUGAUUGAGAAUGCGCGGAACCAGCUCCAGGGUCUCCAGGAGAACGUCCGCAAGCUGCCCAAGCUGCCCAAUCUGUCGCCCCAAGCCCUCAAGCACUUGUGGAUUCGCACAGCCCUGUUCGAAAAGGUCUUGGAUAAAAUUGUGCAUUACCUGGUGGAGAACAGCAGUAAGUAUUAUGAGAAGGAAGCUCUCUUGAUGGACCCUGUGGAUGGCCCCAUCCUUGCUUCUCUGUUGGUUGGCCCCUGUGCACUGGAGUAUACUAAGAUGAAGACGGCAGAUCAUUUCUGGACGGACCCCUCAGCGGAUGAGCUGGUCCAACGGCAUCGGAUCCACAGCUCCCACCUCCGCCAGGACUCCCCUACCAAGCGCCCGGCACUUUGCAUCCAGAAACGGCAUUCGAGUGGCAGCAUGGAUGAUCGGCCCUCCCUCUCCGCUCGGGAUUAUGUGGAGUCCCUGCAUCAGAACUCUCGGGCCACUCUCCUUUACGGCAAGAACAAUGUUCUGGUCCAACCGAGAGAUGACAUGGAGGCUGUCCCCGGAUACCUGUCCCUGCAUCAGACUGCGGACGUCAUGACCCUCAAGUGGACCCCCAACCAGUUGAUGAACGGCUCUGUGGGAGACCUGGACUAUGAGAAAAGUGUGUACUGGGACUAUGCCAUGACCAUCCGUCUGGAGGAGAUCGUCUAUCUGCACUGCCAUCAGCAAGUAGACAGUGGCGGGACGGUGGUGUUGGUGAGCCAGGAUGGGAUUCAGAGGCCCCCGUUCCGGUUUCCCAAGGGGGGUCACCUGCUCCAGUUCCUCUCGUGCCUGGAGAAUGGGCUGCUGCCCCACGGCCAGCUGGACCCACCACUGUGGUCCCAGCGAGGAAAGGGCAAAGUGUUCCCAAAGCUCCGAAAGCGAAGCCCUCAGGGCUCCUCAGAAUCGACGUCCGACAAGGAGGACGAUGAAGCCACAGACUACGUCUUCAGAAUCAUUUACCCCGGCAUGCAGUCAGAGUUCGUUCCCACAGGCUACUCGCCUCAGUCUCCCCCUGCCUCUUCAGGAUCAGCCUGGAUGGUGUUCCCGUUGGGCCGGACCAUGGUUGUGAUGGCCGUGGGGCAUUUGUCCACUCACACUGGAGGGGCUGCUAUUCCUACCCUGACGGACACAGACUCGUUCCCCCCCAUGCCCCCAGACUUGAUUGAUGCCCCUGUGAGCAGCCUGCCUUCCAUGUGGCAGCCCAGCCCCCGAAAGUCGUCCUGCUCAUCCUGCUCCCAGAGCGGCUCCACUGAGAGUGGGCCCUCCAAUGGAUGUAAUCAUGAGAGAGCCCCCCUGAAACUGCUCUGCGACAACAUGAAGCACCAGAUCCUCUCCAGAGCCUUCUAUGGUUGGCUUGCCUAUUGUAGACAUUUGUCUACUGUGAGGACCCACCUUUCAGCACUUGUCAACCACCUGAUUGUGUCCCCUGACCUGCCCUGUGAUGCUGGCCAUGGCCUGACCAUGGGCAUCUGGGAACAGUACCUGAAGGACAGCACGAGUUAUGAAGAGCAGGAGCUGCUACGUCUGAUCUACUUUGGGGGGAUCCAACAUGAGAUCCGCAAGGACGUGUGGCCCUUCCUGCUGGGCCAUUACCAAUUUGGAAUGACCGAGGCAGAGAGGAAGGAGGUGGAUGACCAGGUCCAUGCCUGCUACGAGCAGACCAUGGCAGAGUGGCUGGGCUGUGAGGCCAUCGUCCGACAGAGGGAGAAAGAAUCCCACGCAGCCGCCCUUGCCAAAUGCUCCUCGGGUGCGAGCCUGGACAGCCACCUCCAGAGGAUGAUGCAUCGGGAUUCCACCAUCAGCAAUGAGUCUUCUCAGAGCUGCAGUUCAGGCAGACAAAAUCAUGUCCGUCUGCAGAGUGACUCCAGCAAUAGCACCCAGGUGUUCGAGUCUGUGGAUGAGACAGAGCAGGUGGAGGCAGAAGUCCGGCAGGGUGACGCCAAGCAUCCCAAGGUCCCCAAUGGGACAGUGGUCAAUGGCACCUGCUCCCCUGACUCUGGCCAUCCCUCUUCCCACAACUUCUCCUCGGGCCAAUCCGAGCACAGUCUCAGCACCGAGGACAGCGUCAUGGAACCACUGAAAAGCACCCCGCCAAUGGCGAGGGCCAACGGAUCCAGCGUCCAGGACGGGCACGAGCUGGACGCUGCCAGCCAGCCCGAGGAGAAGGCCCCGAGAGAGCAGCUGGCCAUCCAGGACAGCCUGGAAGGGGACUUUCUCGCCAGCGAGAGCCUGGACGAGUUUAUGUCUGUUCCCGGGAGUCUGGACGUAGCCCUCCCGGAGAAGGACUCUUCGGUGGUGGAAAGCUGGGUGGGCAGCGAGGCGGAGAAGCGGAGCCUGGUGGAGAGUGAGGACACCUUGUCUGAGGAGCCGGAAAUGGAAAGUCUUUACCCCCAGCUGGAAUCCCUGACUGUGGUGGAUGCUACAAACACAGAGGCCUCCCCAGUGUCUUCAAGUGGAGUGACGUACUCUCCGGAGCUGUUGGACAUGUACACUGUGAACCUGCACCGCAUUGAGAAGGACGUCCAGAGGUGUGACCGGAAUUACUGGUACUUCACCCCUGCCAACCUGGAGAAACUUCGCAACAUCAUGUGCAGCUACAUCUGGCAACACAUCGAGAUCGGUUAUGUACAGGGCAUGUGUGACCUCCUGGCCCCGUUGUUGGUCAUCCUGGAUGAUGAGGCCCUCGCUUUCAGCUGCUUCACUGAACUCAUGAAAAGGAUGAACCAAAACUUCCCCCAUGGUGGUGCCAUGGAUACCCAUUUUGCUAAUAUGAGGUCUCUCAUCCAGAUUUUGGACUCGGAGCUUUUUGAGCUCAUGCACCAGAACGGCGAUUACACACAUUUCUACUUCUGCUACCGCUGGUUCCUCCUGGAUUUUAAGAGAGAACUGGUCUACGAUGAUGUCUUCUCCGUCUGGGAAACCAUUUGGGCUGCCAAGCACGUCUCUUCCUCCCACUAUGUUCUGUUCAUCGCCCUAGCCUUGGUGGAAAUAUACCGAGACAUCAUCUUGGAAAACAAUAUGGAUUUCACAGAUAUCAUCAAGUUCUUUAAUGAGAUGGCAGAGAGACACAAUACCAAACAGAUCCUGAAGCUAGCCAGAGACCUCGUCUACAAGGUGCAGACUCUGAUCGAGAACAAGUAGAGGGCCAGCAAUGGUCUUGGCAUCCUCAGAAGUUCCCGCCCAAAGCCUUGGUUCCAUCUUCUCUCAUCUGACGGUGCCCACACCCUCAAGAAAGACUUUGGGGCCUGGCCGAAGACCCAAGCUUUGCCGGAAAGGGAAAAUGUCUCACGUCUCAAUAUUCGGGGGCAGGAGGAGAGGGGUUUGUUCCUUCAGUACAACUCGAUGCUCAUGUGUUCAACCAAAGAUCUCCGAAUUAGAACAAGUCUCUUUUAGGGGGAAGAAAGGGAUGAUGGGAAAAGAAGGAAAUUUUUCCUCCAUUGCAUCCUCACUAUUCCUCUCUCCCCUCACGAUCCACCUCCCUUGACCCAAAUAAUCCCUCCAUUUUCUGAAGAGUUGUAGUGAUGGAGCCUCCUGGGAAGCAGGCUUGGGGGGAAGGACCUGACCUCCCACCUAGUGAGGUCCCAUGUUCCUCAUGAGCGGUGGGCAGGGAUAGAGGAUCACAGAUGGCCAUAAUGAAGGAAUCCAAGUUCCUUUCACCUUCUUCCUUCCACUGCCAAACUCUGCUACCCCUAGCCAGUCCGGCCCAGACAAGGAAAAGCCCAGAAAUAUCCUGGAGAGCCCAGUUUCCUUCCUGAUGUUUGGGGCUCUGUUUAAUGCUGCUCCCUCCUUUCCUUCUUCCAGGCAGGCACCUUUUUUUUCUUCAAAAGGGAAGCUUCUCCUUCCACACCUCAUUGACACCCAAAGGUCCAGAUUGCAGCAAACAAGGGUGUCUUCUUGAGAGCUUUAAUGAGGGCUAGUUAGGACUUCCUCAUGGUAAACUCUGGAAGGGUGAACAAAAUUGGAGAGUCCUUCCUAUGUGUCCCCCUUCCCUCGAUUUAUUUUAUUUUUUUAAACCCUUUUGGAAGUGUUUCCUUUCUUCUCAGAAUCAGUACUGUGUACUGGUUCCAAGGCAGAAGGGUGGUAAGGGCUAGGCAGUGGGGGGUUACAGGACUUGCCCAGGGUCACACAGCUGGGAAGUGUCCGAGGUCAGAUUUGAACCCAGGACCUCCACUGAGCUACCCAGCUUCCGCUUCCCUUUAAAAAAAAAAAACUCAGGUAGAAGGAAGAGAGGGCAAGUCCUGUUUGAUGACUCAGCAGGGAGCAUAAGAGUUCUGGCUGCGGGGAGCCUCCAUGAGGCUGGGGAAGGGGAUCUUCCCUAGAGAAGGUCCUGCUAAGUAUUCUGGACUAUGUACAAAUAAGGCCUCCACUGAAGGCUCCUUCCUUUGCUUUUGUCCAGCCACAGACUCCCCCUUAAAUGGGUUUUCUCUCCCCACUUUCCCUUCUAUGACCUUGAUCUUCUUACUGCCCUAAUUCUAAGCAAAGGCCACAAAUCCAAGCAAAGCAGCCCCCAGGUGGGAGAGUGAAAUGCUUUCCCUCCUUCCUCUCUUCCCAGAAAGCCAUUCAGUCCUUUUGUGGUUGCUCUCCCUCCGUUGGCCAGUGACCUGCCCGAAAUCUCUCCGGCCAGAUACAUAAAUAGUACUGAAUUGAUUCCAGGAAAACAAGCCAAAACCAACCCAACAUAUGAGAGGAUCUGGAAGAUCUGACAAAGAGUCGAGAAGACCUGGGUUCGAAUCCUGCCCUUAUUGCCUGGGUUAUCUUUAGCACAAACACCCCCCUCCCCCUUCUCUGGUCUAAGUUUUCAUCCCAUCUCCAAAUGAGAGGGUCAGACUUGAUGGCCUUUAUGGCCCUGUCUCACUCUAAAGCUUUGUUCUAAAGCCAAUGGACUAUUUGGUGUAUGUAUUGGAGGUGAGAGAAGCAGACGUUGUCUAGGAGAGCACCAACUCUCAUUUCCAGAGUUAUAAGGUUCUUUCCUCAUAAAUCUGUGAGCUGCUGGUCUAAACUCUCUUAUUCCCAGUUUGCAGAUGAGGUAACAGACUCAGAAGCCAAGUGACUGACUCAAGGUCACCUGGCUCUUGUGUGUCAGAGCGGGGGUCUAAAGCCAUGUCUUCUGGCCCCAGGUUUGAUUUCUUGAAUAUAUCUGUGCUAGGUCUGAAAGUGUGAAACCAGCAAUGGAGCAGCCCCUGCCCUCAAGAAGCUUAGAUUCCCUAGGUCUAGGUCUAGUUCUCUUCCCGUGGCAUCUAGUAGUGGUAGCUGCGAGGUACCAUCCAGGAGGCAAAGGCUCCCUUGCUAUCUGCCCUGCCUUGUCCUCUGUCUUCCCUCUGAUAGAUCUAGGACUUUUCUGUCUCUUGCUGUCUCCCUAUCUCUGUCUCUUUCUGCUUCUUUGUCUUUCUCUGUCUCUCUCUGUCUCCCUCCCUCUCGAUAUCUGUCUCUCAACCUUACCUUGUCUUAGAAUCAGUACUAUGUAUUGGUUCCAAGGCAGAAAAGUGAUACGGGCUAGGCAAUGGGGGUUAAGUGACUUGCCCAGGGUCACCCAGCUAGGAAGUGUCUGAGGUCAGAUUUGAACCCAGGACCUCCCAUCUCUAGACGUGGCUCUCAAUCUACUGAGCUGCCCCCUGGAUCUUUUCUCUUGACAUCAUCUUAACAAGGGUCUGCUUGGCAAGUUGAGGUGAGACUUGACUUCCCCUGGUCUAAGGAACCAUUUGUACAAGGCUUUCAGAAUCAAUCUUAAAACAUUUGAAUCCUGAGAACUUAACCCUGAUCUCAAGAUAGAAAGUGGCAUCGUCUAGUCAAUUCACCAUCGCCUGCCUGACAUCCCGUAGCCUUCCAGGUGUUUGGGAGCAAAACCCAAUCAAAAUGAGACCCCAAAAUGCAUUGAAAGGCCCCUCAGAGAAAACUUUAAAAAUCCAAAUAGUCCCGAGUCAUCUCGCUGAUGGCUCUUGCUUCUUAUUUCCUGGAUCAAACCUUUUCUCUCCAGUCUGAGGGUUUUCUACAAGCGCCUCUUGGCCAUUCAGUGGCUGUUUCGGAAUACUGAGUACUUAUUUUGUUUCUCGUACAUCGCCUGUGCCCAUGCACAACCAAAUUUAAGCAACCUUGAGUCAUCGGGUAGAUGGAACCGAAGUUUUUCAGUGUUCUAGACAUUUUUAAGUGUUUAUCAGACUCAUUUCUCUUGCCAUCUAUACAUAUAUAUGAAAAGUGAGGUGGUAUAAUUCAGUGCAAAUAAAGAUUAAAAGCCCUACUGUGUGCCCAUUACUGUGCUAGGCACUGGAGGUACAAAGACAAACCCCCCCAAAAAUAGUCCUUGCCCUCAAGGCUUUUAUAGUUCACUGGAGGUGCUUAUAUUCCAUAGGAUAGAGGACAUAUGUUGCUAGGCUUUAAGUCAAGAUGACCUGAGUUCCAAUCCUGUCUCUUCCUAGAUAGAUAUAUGAUCCUGGGCAAAUCACUUAAUUUCAAACUUUUCUAUUAAGUUAGAGAGAAGCUUCAGUCUGCUUGAGUAUAGGAACCCUCACUGACAAAAUCCCAGAGCCCAGUUAUAUAGACAAGAGCAAAGGAAUCUGUGAAGGGGGUUGGACUAUUAUUAUCAUUUUUAUUUAUUUAUUUUUGGAAGAAACUUUCUGUUUCUGAAAACUGUGUGACUCAGGCUUUCCCUCCCUUUUAGUGGUGUGUCCAGAUGUGACCUUCAUCUAUGCCGGCUCUUCUGUUAGUCCCACAAAAAAUUAAGGACAAAGAAGGGUCACUUGACUCCCUUCUUCUUCUGUGUGGAUGGAUGCCUGUUGGUCGAAGUGGUGGGUUGAAACAGGCUAUGGAACUGAACAUAGGUCUAAUUUUCAAUGUGUACAUAAAUAUAUAUACACAAAUGUAUAGGCAUAUAGCAUAUAGAGAUAUAUUAGGUAACUUUGACUUAUUUAUUGCCUAACCUACCUCAUAGAGGGGGGUGAGGAUGGGCAUUUUUCAAUCCUGGAAUGUUUAAAACAGCCUUGGAGCUAGUUACUUGCCUGCUUUGUCAGGCAAGUGAAAUGGAAUGCUGGUGUUCUAUUUUUUUCUCCUAGUCUCCACCCUCUCUCAGGGGAGAGGGGAUUAUACAUAUGAGCUGGUCAGUUUCCAAGUCCUUCUUUAUGAGACUGGUUUAAAAUGUGUGAAGUGUCCUGUGUGUUGUCUUAGUCCCUUCUUUGGCUCAACUCGGGUUUUAAAAUCCCCAAGGACAAUGAGGCUUCUUUAGAAAGCACCUGUCUCCAAGUGGUUUCCAAAAAUGGGCAUCAGAGCUGCUCGUUAGCCCUCACCAACUGGGCUAGACACUGAAUUAACUCUGUCCAAGGAUGCCAGCAGAUCCUGCCCACAGAGAAAGAAAUAGUGAAAUGCCAUGUUGGAAAUUAGACUACAGGUUCCCAUCCAAGGGGAAACUUCUACCAUCUCACUCUGAGUUGUCCCUUGUGAGGAGACUAGAGACUGAUAGACUCUUAAGUCAGUGGUUCUCCAAAGUCUCCCAUUCUCAUCAGUCCCACCAUCUCCCAAAGACCUUCUAUCUCCCCAGAUCCUCCCUGAAUGGAGUUGGGGAAAUGGCAUCACCUUAGGCGAGUCACCAAUACGAGAGUGCCUGGUUUUAUUAGCUGGCUGAAGUGCUAUUAAUUUGAGCCAGAACCAUAAAGCCAGACCUUGUCAGAUUAUAUACACAUAUUCAGAGUCCAGAAUACCAGUUGAUGAAACUAUCCAGCAGUGACUUUUGGAUCCUACUUAAGAGAAUUUCUGCCUCAUAGGAAAGUCUUUUGGCUGCUGGACUCUUUUUGUGGAAUAAGAAGGAAGGUCCUUCAUGGGGACCCAGAGAAUCAAUAUCCAAAAGGGUUUUUCCCAAAGGGAUCAUUAUUCUAGCUUCCCAUAUUUCUUGGUGUAUAGGUUGAUCAUUUAAGAAUAAAGAAACAGCUUUCCCCUACACUGGGGCUUAUAGAUGGAGUCCUCUCCAUUUGUAGUUCUUGCCUGUUGCUACUGCUAAGAGGCAAACAUUCCCUGGCUCCUCUAGUUGCCAAAGGCAAGCCAAGGGGCAACUUAGCUGUCUCGCCAUUACUACAAAACCAACAAUGGGACUGGGGUUGACCUUACCUGGUGAGUUUCCAUUGGAAACUAUAUUUUUGAAACUAUGGAAACUACCAGGGAUCUGUUUAUAUCAGAGUGACAUACCCCUUGGGUAUUGGGCUUUUAGUGGGACGUAGGAAGUACGUCUCACUUGCUCCGUACUAGAGGGUUGGUUGUAGAUCCAAAAUUCUAAAAAACCAUGAAGCAGCAAUGGGUGACAUUAGAGGUUCUGAUGUUUUGUUCCUAGAGACACCUUUUUAUUUGAUGUUUCUGCUGGUUACUAAAGGAAAUCUGUGGGAUGAAAAACAUUCCUGAAGUACCCAUGGCCUAUGGGCCCUCUGCCAGCCUUAUUGUUCCAUAGUCAGUCAUUCUCAUUGUUCUGAUGCUGUUCUAUAUCUCAGUUCUCGUGUCAUUCCUUAUUCUGCCAGCCUCAUCAUUCCAUGUUCCAGCAGCCCCUUUUCCAAUACUGUUCUUCCAGCACCAUCAUUCUUCUAUUCCAAUGGCCCCAUCCUCUUACCAUCCCCGUAUUCCAGUGGCCCCGUUGUUCUGCUUUCCUUCAGCCAGCCUCACGACCCCCUCAGCCUUAGUUCGGUGUAGUACAUGGUCCUGUUGCCAUGUACCAGAGCUGUCCUUCGAUGCUUGCAGAACCACAUUUGCGCUCACCCUUGUGGAGAGCGGGGUGCCCACAUAUCUGUUGAACUCGCACAAAUGCCUAAUCAAAUGCACUAUUGCUCUUCUUGUUCUCAAUGAUAUAUUUUUACAAACAACCACAACAAAAAAGUCUAAGUUAAUAGUUUUGCUUUUCGUAAAAGACUUCUUACAUACACACAGCCGCAUUCAUCGGAUCUCUCUGUUGUCGUGGAUGAAGGACUGACCACACCUUCUUUAAGCAUUCCUGAUACGUGAGUGGUCUUUGUCCCCCAAAUGUGUGUACGUGUGUGUACGUGUGUACACUUUUCAGGCGUCUUUGCCUCUUGUGGUAUUGAGACUGAGAAUAAUAUUUCUGUGGAAGAUUUCGUGUGCAUUGAGUUUAUUCCAAUUAAGACCAAGAUGAUGGCCCAGAGGUCUUGGAGUGAUGCCCUGGCUCGAUUUCCCUUCUCUUUCCUGGGUCCUUACCUUGCCCAGCCAACCUUGGGCCAUUUCUGUAUUCGAUCAUAAAGAUGAUGAUAAAGAUGAUGCCAGAAAGGUUGGAACCAUCCUUGAGUGGGCUGGGAAGAAAGAGGAAGGCCAGAUUAUUUCCACCAUUUACUGAAUCCUUACCUCUCCACAUUUCAGAGUGGCUGCAAACUAUUUUGCUGCACCUCUUUUCAUCUUUACUUUCCCUUCUCCUUGGAGACUGAAUUUGGUGUCAUUCUCUGGAAUCUCGAAUCCAUGACUGCAUCCUGAAUCUGAGAUUCCUGGAAUCCAUGCCUCCACUAUUAUGGCCUUCAUUUAAAUUCUCUGGGCCUUGGUUUCUCCUCUGUAAAAUAAGAUAGUUAGACUAGAUGAUCUGGAAGGUCCUUUCCUGCUCUAUAUUUUAUAAUUUUCUCCCUAGUGCUUCCCCUGGAGCAGAGGAACUGGAGAAGUAGUUGGAGGUAUUAGAAAGGAACUUAGCCAUUUGGGUUCAUUCUCUUUCUUCCCUCCCCCCAACACCCAUCUAUUAAGCACCUGCUGUAUUCCAAACGAAAGGCAGCAUGGUACAGUGGAUAAAGAUUUGGCCUUGGAGUAAGGAAUACUUGGGUUUGAAUUCCGCCUCUGACACCCACUAGCCAUGUGACCUUGGGCAAGUCACUUAAGUUCUUGUUGACCGAGGUAAAUUUCUGAGACUAUAGUUGUGAUGCAGGCAUGGCUGUGCAUCAGUAAAAGGCAUAUUUCCUCAUUGGGAGUUCCCUAUACCAAUGAAAUCCCAGAUCAACUUCUCCCCCCCCAAAAAUGUCCUAGACACUGUAGGUGCUAGAGAUACAGAGACAAAAAUGAAAUCAUUCCUGCCCACACAGGGCUUCUGUUCGAACUGGGAAGAUACAAGAUAUAUACUGAUAAGUGAAUACAAAAUAUAAAGUAUCUCCAAAGUCAGUGCAAGCUUAAACUGCUUUCAGAUGAAAUAAAUUGUAGCCACUGUACAAAAAAAAUGCAACAUAAUUUGGGGGAGAGGACUACUGUUAGCAUUAAGGGGAAUGAGCCAUAAUCUUUUCCACUCGUUUUUCCCCCUCUUCCUCAUUCCUUUAUUCCUUUUCUUUCCUUGGGGGUAUUUACCUGUCCUCUCCUAUUACCCAAACUUUAUUAGCAUUUCAUCCUUAGCCCAUCUUUGCUCCCUUGAUUGUUCAUCUUAUGACCUGUUUUGGGGACUUAGAAGAAGUGACCAGGGCCCAGGAGUAGAAAUCAAAUCCUGGAGCAGCUAGGGAGCACAGUGGGUAGAGCACCAGAUUUGGGAUUGAGAGGGUCUGGGUUCAAAACUGGCCUCAGACACUUCCUGAGCAACUCAACCCCAACUGUUGAGCUGUUGCUAUUUUUCUGUCUUAGAAUUGAUACUAGGAUAGAAAGUAAGGGUUAAAAAAAAGAAAUCAAAUCAUGUCUUUGUUAGAUUUAGUGACACAAAAGACAUUAAAGGUCAUCUAGGCUAAUCAAUGUAAUUUACAGAGGAGAAAACUGAGGCUCGGAAGGGGGGAGAGAAUUACUUCAAGUCAUAUGACAGAAUGUGAACCAGGAUUUUCUGAUUCAGAUGGUGCUCCCACUAUCUCAUGGUUAAGGCUCAGAAUGAGGACCCUCCUGCAUGUAGUAACAAGAUCCCCAAGCUUCCCUCACUCAAAGCAGACAGUCACUCUGAGGCUUAUAGGGAUGGGAAGAGUAAUUGUCUCUUUCAUGGAUUCUCCAGUUCAAGGAAGAAGAAAGCAGAUUGGUGUGUGUUGGAUAGGCAUGACCCUAAACUGUUUACCUUAGAGGAGUCCCAGGGUGCACCCUUUGGGAUUUUAGGGUGAUGGGGUGAUGUGUGAGUUUAAUAGUCGAACAUGUGUACUUAAUAGCACAAUUCUCUUUGAAGUGCCGACUUUUCAUCAGGAUUACACCUGCUGCUCAUUUUAACACCAGCUAAGUGAGAUGACAAGAGAACAGAAAUUCUGUCCAGGGUGCUGAAACUGACCCUGAGACCUCCCUUGUUUGGGACCAUAUUUUGAUACAUGAUUGAUCUCUCUAGCAGUUACAGUCCCAGAGCUUGAGAAAACAUUCUGUAGCCAUCCCCCUAUUUAGGAAUAACUUAGAAGGCCCUUCCCACCUUUUGUCCCUUGCCUGCUCCAGACCAGAUCAUCUUCUUAAAGGGUGUUUUUUCAGUUGGUAGAAAAUGAGCUGUCAUCCCCCCCCACCCACCCAACAACCGCUAAGAUCUCUGGUUAAAUAGCUGCAGAGAAGGACAAGAGCAAAGUCCAUUUCAUGGAAGCCUUGGUCUUUUGGAAAAUAAAUAAUGCAUAUAUGACUUGGCAUGGAUAUUCAGUCUCCAGGGUGAUGUUGGAUUGCUUUGUCUCUAGCCUGGAUGCUGUCCAGGUCUGGGGGGAAUCCUUCUGUAUGCGAUCAAUUGAUGUUCUGGCUUUUAUGGUAUCAUGUAUCUGUGUGAACAAUUUAUAAGCACAUGUGAUCUCCACGUGGUGGUUUAAUAUAUUUUAUAUGGUUUUGGCCAUGCCUUUUUUUUUUUAAUUGUUCCUUACUGUUGUUCAAGAAAAAAAAUGGUUGCAAACUCUGGUCCCUAUGGUCUGUGUGUUUUCAGAACAAUAAAAUCAUUACUGGUG